CUCCUCCCCUCCGCCCUACCAAUCCCUUGCGCCGCCGCCGCUCCCUAGCACACAGCUCCGAGUGCGCCACCCCCGGCGAGAGCCCAACCCACCCAACCAUGGCGGACCGCGGAGGCGAGCGCGGCGGGUUCGGCCGUGGCGGCGAGCGUGGCGGGUUCGGCCGUGGCUUCGGUCGUGGCGGGCGCGGCGACCGCGGCGGGCGCCGUGGCGGCCGGCGCGGCGGCCGCCAGCAGGAGGAGGAGAAGUGGGUUCCCGUCACCAAGCUCGGGCGCCUCGUGAAGGAGGGCAAGUUCCAGAAGAUGGAGGAGAUCUACCUCCACUCGCUCCCCGUCAAGGAGCACCAGAUCGUGGAGACCCUCCUGCCGGGGCUCAAGGACGAGGUGAUGAAGAUCACCCCCGUCCAGAAGCAGACCCGUGCUGGGCAGCGCACGCGGUUCAAGGCCUUCGUCGUCGUCGGCGACAACAACGGCCACGUGGGGCUCGGGGUCAAGUGCGCCAAGGAGGUGGCUACGGCCAUCCGCGGCGCCAUCAUCCUCGCCAAGCUUUCGGUUGUGCCUGUCAGGAGGGGUUACUGGGGGAACAAGAUCGGGCAGCCGCACACUGUGCCCUGCAAGGUCACCGGCAAGUGCGGGUCCGUCACCGUGCGCAUGGUGCCGGCGCCCAGGGGGUCCGGGAUCGUCGCCGCGCGCGUGCCUAAGAAGGUGCUCCAGUUCGCCGGCAUCGAGGACGUGUUCACCUCCUCCCGCGGCUCCACCAAGACGCUCGGCAACUUUGUCAAGGCAACCUUUGAUUGCCUAAUGAAGACGUAUGGCUUCCUCACGCCUGAGUUCUGGACUGAGACGAGGUUUGUCAAGACCCCGUUCCAGGAGUACACAGACCUGUUGGCCAAGCCUACGAAGGGGCUUAUGAUCGAGGCAACUACUGAGACUGUAGAAGCUUAGACUUGCUGUGGUUAAGUAUUCAUAACGAAGUUUGCCUUUGGGAGGAAAUACUUUUUAUCUACUUUUGUGCGAUCUAUUUCGUAAUGUGUUGCACGUCUAAAUUUUGAAUUAUGGAACCUGAAGGUAUGCAUGCACUUUGAAGGAUAUUUAGCUGUUCUGUUAUCAUGUUCUUGCCA